CCGGCCGCCGGUGUUCGAGCUCGGGCGUGACGCGGUGUUGGUGGCCGCUGUGGCGCUAUGUUUCUUUCUGAGGCGCUGACCAGGCAGCGGACCUGGGAACCCAGCCCCUCGGAACGCAGGCAGUGGGUGGAAGUGUUUAACGCUUGCGAUGAAGACCGCAAGGGCUACCUGAGCCGGGAGGACUUUAAAGUGGCUGUGGUGAUGCUGUUUGGGUACAAGCCCUCCAAGGUGGAAGUGGAUUCUGUGAUGUCUUCAGUAAAUCCAAACACUUCUGGUAUAUUACUUGAAGAGUUUUUAAAGAUUAUAAAGAAAAAAAAGGAGGCCCAACUGUAUCGGAAUGAAAGAAGACACAUCUUCACGGCUUUUGAUGUUCGCUAUCGUGGAUUUUUGACUUUUGAAGAUUUCAAAAGAGCCUUUCAGGAGGUGGCUCCCAGGUUACCCGAGAGGACUGUCCUUGAGGUCUUCAGGGAAGUGGAUCAAGACGCUGAUGGUCAUGUCAGCUUUAGAGACUUUGAAUAUGCCAUGAAGCAUGGACAAGAUGAAGCCUGACCAUCACUGAAGACCUCUGGUGGCAACUCUGGGGAGAUUGUAAGAGGCACAGUCUCCACUCUUGAUGAUGGAAUGCUACAGACUUGUGACUAAAUUCUGGAAGUAGAACAUUCUGGAAGCUGGUGUGAUCCUUGCAUCUCAGAAUCCUUGGAGGCAGUUUGGGCCUGGUGGAUGCUGCCCUGCGUCAGGCUGUGGCUGCUGGCACUGCCUCCUGGUAUUCCUUCCUCCUGUCUGCCCUGGCCACAUUGAGAACUGGGGUGUUGCACUCACUGACCUCUCUCAGUGUCCACCCCUUUGCCCACCCCGCUGAGUCCCUGGUCCCGGACUCAUCUAGGCUUCUGAAGUCUGGGGAAGAGCAGCUUUUUCCUGCCAGUGGUGCCCAUGGCCUUCACUCAUUCAACCUGAAUUAAACAAAUCAUGUUUAACUCACCCA